AUGACAACAGAGAUCGUGGAACUAAAAUGUUGGUUAAAAGAUCUCUACCUCUUUUCCAGAAGCAAUAUAGCAAUGUAUCCAUCUCAACUAUGUCUCAUUCUUUGUUUGAUUGUUUCGACAAAUGGAUUUUACAGUUCAAGCGAUGAUGUCAUCGAACUUGAUCCAUCUAACUUCGACCGUCUGGUAACACAAAGUUCAGACUUGUGGUUUAUAGAAUUUUACGCGUCGUGGUGUGGACAUUGUCGAAAUUUAGCACCUGAAUGGAAGCGUGUCGCAACAGCUUUGAAAGGUAUUGUAAAAGUUGGUGCAAUCGAUGCUGACACACAUAAAUCAUUUGGUCAUCAAUAUGGAGUUUCUGGUUUUCCAACGAUUAAAAUCUUUGGUAACAAUAAACGAUCGCCAACUGAUUAUCAAGGUGGACGUACUGCAGAUGCUAUAGUAGAACAAGCUCUCAAUCAAUUAAGAACAAUUGCAAAUGAACGUUUAGGCAAACGCGGUGGAAGUAGUAGUGGUAGUGGUACUGGAGGCAAAGAUACAAUUGAAUUAACUGAAGACAAUUUCGAUUCAACAGUUCUGGAGUCGGAAGAUGUAUGGCUUGUUGAAUUUAUGGCUCCAUGGUGUGGUCAUUGUAAAAAAUUGGCACCUGAAUGGUCUCGUGCAGCAACAGAACUCAAAGGUAAAGUAAAACUAGGCGUUGUUGAUGCAACAGUUCAUACUCAAUUGGCUCAACGAUAUGGCGUACAAGGCUUUCCGACAAUUAAAUUCUUUCCUGGCGGUAGAAAAGAUGGUCAAGCAGAAGAGUAUGAUGGUGGUCGCACGUCAGAUGAUAUCGUUGCAUGGGCAUUGGAUAAAGCUCAAGCGAACAUUCCUCCACCGGACGUCGUAGAAAUUACAAGUCAACAGGUUCUAGACGAUAAUUGUGCCGAAAAACAGUUAUGUAUCAUUUCAUUUUUACCACACAUUCUUGAUUGUCAAUCUGCUUGUCGAAACCAACACAUUACCAUGUUGAAAUCUUUUGCCGAAAGUUACAAACGCAAUGGUUGGGGUUGGUUAUGGGUUGAAGGUGCACUUCAAUCGAAAUUAGAACAGAGCGUUGGUAUUGGUGGGUUUGGCUACCCAGCCCAAGUAGCAAUCAAUGCACGCAAAGGCAAAUACGUCGUUUUGAAAGGUUCAUUUAGUCAAGCAGGUAUCAGUACAUUCUUGAAGGAAUUGUCUGCUGGCCGAUUAACCAGUCCGCUCAUACCGUUGACUGGUGUCGAAGAUGGUAAACUACCAACUAUUGUUGAUAGUAAACCGUGGGAUGGUGAAGACGGUAAAUUGGAUAUCAUUGAAGAUAUUGAUUUGAGUGAUGUCAACUUGGAUGAUGAGAAUGAAAAUGAUAAGGAAAAGAAAAUUGAUUUAUAA